AAAACGACACACAAAACAAUGGCGUCCUCCGCCCGCUCAUCUCCACUCUACCGCGCCCUCCUCCGCUCCUUCUCCACCACCACCAGACCCUCCCACCACAACAGCCACCACCACACCCACCGCUACACCGAGCCGAGCUCCUUCAUCGGCAGCUGGGACGCGCCGAGCAACCCCCGGGAGGCGGAGGCCAAGCUCGCGCAGCUCCGGCGAGACUACGCCAAGCAGGUCAAGGAGAUCCGCAAGGAGUACAUCAAGGAAGUCGAGCUCAUGAGGCUCGAGAAGCUUCGCAAGGACGAGGCUCGUAAAGAAGCCCUUAGAGUCCAGAACGAGGAGCGCAAGAGGCUUAAGGCUGAGGCCGCCAAGGUCCGAGCUCAACAGCGCCAAAUCGAGGAGGAGGAGUUUCGCCAAACCCUAUUAAAAGAAAGAGACAGAAAAGCUUGAGAAUUGGAAGAUGAAGGAAAUGCUUAGGGAAGAGAAGAAAAAGGAGAAGAAUGAACUGUUACGACGUCAGAGUUCCCUAUGGAUUGAUGAACCAGAACUGGAAAAGAAGAUGCUUGAAGCCAUUGUUGAUAGCAAACAACUUUGAGCAUCUCAUUUGCCAUUUGGCUGGUUCUUACAGAGUCCAAAUGUCUGCAUUCAUUUUUCUUUUCACCAUCGGCUAAUAUCUAAACUGUAUACCUUGUCCUCGUAUAUUUGUAUACUGCCUAAUGCUGUUCAAAUUUUGGAAUAUUUCAAUAAUCCUUUGAAAGGAUUCUGGUCAUGCUGUCAUGAUUACCAUGGCAAUGUCGUCUUAUUUUUUUUUUUUUCUUCUUUUUUAAGAA